AAUUUUUCCCCCUUGAGAUCCGAUUGAAUUAGGGGGGAAAAAAAAGGAACUCCAAAUUUUCAUUUACUUUUUUUUUAAUUGCAGCGAUUACCCUUGCCUUGGGAACAAUGCGGAUGAUGUAGGAGGUUUUGUGGAACUAUAAAACCAAAUUUCCAUUUUAGUUACCUCCCAAAUCCAUUUCUUUCCUUGAUUGCAAGGAGUCUAGAAGAGUAUCUCGAUUCGUCUACGAGAUUUGGAGCUGCAGUCUUCACCACCAAUUCCCCUGCCGGCACAAUCUACUAUGAUCUCUGCCUGAUCAAAGCUCUACCAUGACCGUUUCCUACCUUCUCCUUCUACUCCUCUUCCUUCUGCACUUCACCUUCGUCCUCCCAUGGAAGAAGGAAGAGUUCAGGACCUGCAAUCAGACUCCCUUCUGCAAGCGAGCCCGCGCCUUUAAGCCCGGAUCCUGUUCCCUAGUUGCCCAUGACGUUUCCAUCUCCGACGGGGACCUCACCGCCAUCCUCCUCCCCAGGAAUCAGGACCUGGAGAAUCAAUCCAAGCCCUUGUUACUCGCUCUUUCUGUGUAUCAGGACGGCAUUCUGCGCCUCAGGAUUGACGAGGAUCCUUCUCUAGCUCCACCCAAAAAGCGUUUCCAGGUGCCCGACGUUAUUGUCGACGAGUUUUACACCAAAAAGAUCUGGUUGCAGAGAAUUUCAACUGAGACUAUUGGCAACGAUUUGGGCCCCUCUUCGAUUGUGUACUUGUCCGAUAGUUAUGAGGCCGUUCUUCGCCAAGAUCCGUUUGAGGUUUUCGUUCGUGAGAAGUCGGGUAAGCGCGUAUUGUCUCUAAAUUCUCAUGGUUUAUUCGAUUUUGAGCAGUUGAGGGUUAAGGAAGAAGGCGAGGACUGGGAGGAGAAGUUCAGAGGGCAUACCGAUACCAGGCCGUACGGUCCCCAAUCCGUUAGUUUCGACGUUUCGUUUUAUGAUACUGAUUUUGUAUAUGGAAUACCGGAACAUGCAACUAGUCUCGCUCUGAAGCCCACCAGAGGACCCGAUGUCGAGGAGUCGGAACCUUACAGGCUGUUCAAUUUGGAUGUUUUCGAAUAUGUUCAUGAGUCUCCGUUUGGGAUUUACGGGUCGAUCCCUUUCAUGAUUUCACACGGGAAAUUGCGUGGAACUUCUGGUUUUUUUUGGUUGAAUGCUGCUGAAAUGCAAAUUGAUGUUCUUGGAUCUGGCUGGGAUGCUGAAUCUGGGAUUUCUCUUCCUUCAUCUCAAAAUAGAAUCGAUACUUUUUGGAUGAGUGAGGCGGGCAUCGUGGACACGUUCUUUUUUGUAGGUCCAGGGCCUAAGGAUGUUGUUCGUCAGUACACGAGUGUGACUGGGACUCCGGCAAUGCCCCAGCUCUUUGCAACAGCAUAUCAUCAAUGUAGGUGGAAUUAUAGGGAUGAAGAAGAUGUGGCACAUGUCGAUUCUAAAUUUGAUGAAUAUGAUAUUCCUUACGAUGUCUUGUGGCUUGAUAUUGAGCACACGGAUGGAAAAAGGUAUUUUACAUGGGAUAGGGCGCUUUUUCCAAAUCCGGAAGAGAUGCAGAGAAAGUUGGCUACCAAAGGAAGACGCAUGGUUACCAUAGUGGAUCCCCAUAUUAAGCGGGAUGAUAAUUUUCCAUUGCAUAAGGAAGCAAGCAAGAAAGGAUAUUAUGUGAAGGAUGCUGCUGGAAAUGAUUUUGACGGCUGGUGCUGGCCAGGUUCAUCAUCGUACCUGGACAUGUUAAGUCCAGAGAUUAGGUCAUGGUGGGGAGAGAAGUUCUCUCUAGAAAACUAUGUUGGUUCGACUCCUUCCUUAUACAUAUGGAAUGAUAUGAACGAGCCUUCUGUUUUCAAUGGUCCCGAGGUUACAAUGCCUCGAAAUGCUUUACAUCAAGGAGGUGUGGAACAUCGGGAAUUACACAAUGCGUAUGGAUACUACUUUCACAUGGCCACUUCAGAGGGACUAGUUAAGCGGGGUGAUGGUAAGGAUAGGCCUUUUGUGCUCUCACGAGCACUUUUUGCAGGGACGCAAAGAUAUGGAGCAGUAUGGACAGGAGAUAACUCAGCUGAUUGGGAUCAUCUCAGGGUUUCUGUUCCGAUGGUUUUGACUCUUGGUCUUACCGGAUUGUCAUUCUCAGGUGCCGAUGUUGGUGGUUUUUUUGGUAAUCCUGAGACUGAGCUGUUAGUGCGUUGGUAUCAGCUAGGUGCUUUUUAUCCCUUCUUUAGGGGCCAUGCUCACCAUGACACCAAAAGAAGAGAACCUUGGUUAUUCGGGGAACGAAAUACAGAAUUGAUGAGAGAUGCUAUACGCAUCCGCUAUAUGUUGCUACCUUAUUUCUAUACCCUAUUUCGAGAAGCAAAUACAAGUGGUGUUCCUGUUGUACGUCCAUUGUGGAUGGAAUUUCCAUCUGAUGAAGCUACAUUUAAAAAUGAUGAAGCUUUCAUGGUAGGGAGCGGUCUUUUGGUGCAGGGAAUAUAUACCAAGGAAGCUAAAAGAGUAUCGGUGUAUUUGCCUGGAAAACAAUCUUGGUAUGAUUUUAGAACUGGUACUGCAUAUAAGGGUGGUAUCACCCACCAGCUAGAGGUUUCUGAAGAAGGCAUCCCUGCCUUCCAGAAAGCUGGAACAAUAAUGCCCAGAAAAGACCGCUUUCGGCGGAGCUCCACACAGAUGGUGAAUGACCCCUACACUUUGGUAGUAGCUCUUAAUAGUUCACAAGAAGCUGAAGGCGAGCUUUACAUUGAUGAUGGCAAAAGCUUUGAAUUUAAGCAAGGGGCAUACAUCCAUCGCCGAUUUGUGUUCUCAGCAGGCAAGCUCACCUCAUUGAACGUAAGGCCUAAUGCUUCUGCCAGCACGAAGUUUUCUUCCAACUGUGUUAUUGAGAGGAUUAUACUGCUGGGACACUCCGGAUCAAAGUCUGCUCUAGUUGAGCCAGAAAAUAUAAAGGUUGAUAUCGAACUUGGUCCACUCCACUUCCAAACAGGGCGACGCAUAUCAGUCCUUACCAUUCGGAAGCCAAACUUGUUGAUUACAGAUGAUUGGACGGUAAAAAUUUUGUAAGAGUUCAUUAUUUUCUUUAUGAUAGAAAUGAAAAAGAUACGGUAAGAAAAGAAUGGUGUACACUUUGUGGUGCAUCCGGUGAUUGAAACUGUUGUUCACAAGACUUGAACUAAUAGCAUUUGGGAAAGCAGACAUUAAAAGUUCCUGCUGAAAUGUUUCGUUUCUACCAUCCUAUGAUUUGAUUGUUUAAA